AUGUCCCCCCAGGCAUUAGAGCCCGUGAGAUCCUGCCACGCUCUUACAUGCCUCGAAGCCGCUGCAAAGCUCACACGCCUCGAAAUCACGAUUCCACCGAAGCCUCCAGUGGAUGAUCGUCUCGCCGAUGCCUUCGCGAAUAUAGGGCCUCACGUGUAUGAAAAAGACCACCCGACAACUGGAGCUAGCAAAGCCUGGCUUGCCCACUUAGACAUAAUCAAACAUGUUUACCAAUCCAACUUCGAAACUGCCCUUAUCCUCGAAGACGACGCCGACUGGGACAUUGCAAUUCGCAAACAAAUGAUAAAUAUCUCGUCCGCUGUGCGUCAACUUACCAAAACCCCAGAGACCGAGUCAACACCAUAUGGUCGAAGCUGGGACGUGCUCUGGCUCGGUCAUUGCGCGGAACACUGGGAUGAGGACUCCGAAACGAUUACCUUCGACGACGCUCAUGUAUGCCCGCAUGAGGACUAUCGGACCUGGAUGGCGGAUGAUCUUGCAAAAUUACCUGAUCAUAAGCGGGCAGUGUACUGGUCGAGGAACCCAAUUUGCACGUUUGCCUACGCUGUUUCUCAUGAGGGUGCUGGCAUUAUACUGCGCGAAAUGGGAGCAUGCCAGGGCGAAGCGUUUGACGUUCAGCUGAUGCUCGAGUGCGAACGGAAUCUGAGGUGUAUUUCAGUGGUUCCAGAAGUUUUUCACCAAUAUUUUCCUCCGCUUGAUUUCGCCGUGAAGAGCGAUGUGGAUGCAGGUAAUGGCGAGGGUUCCGGGCCUGGGGAUGAAGCUUUUGAAUCUAUCAUGGGCUCGGUGGAAAAUAUUGUUCAUAGUGCUCGUUGUCAGGCCUUGUGGGGCCAAGACUGCCAGAGACUUUAA